GCUUUUAUUCAUUUUUAGUGUAGGUAUUUCGCCAAUUCUUCCGUUUGAGAAGCUGAAGGAGAGAGUCCCUAAACAGUCAACUUUCGCGACGCUCCCUUACUUGGACUGCCGGGAGCGAAGCGUGUGAACUAAGAACUACAUUUCCCAUGCUGCACUGGGUGUGAACCGGAAGUUUAAUCACGCUCUCCACGGGAGAACGGCUGUGAGUGAAAAUGCAUACAAAAACACGCUAAGUGUGCCUUUUCUUUUCUUUCUUCGUGUGGCCCCUGCUGUGUUGCCUUGAUGAGAGUUAUUUUUCAGACGCGGAUUCUUUAAGCCUCAGAACCAAUUUCUGAGCUUCGGGAGAGAGAGGAACUUGGGGUCAGAAGGCGGAGUUCACGGCGCGGAAUUGGCGGGAGAAUGAACUUGUGCUCCGCGCUCUGAAGCUGUGGUGACUUCCCGAGGCUCCUGGUCGCAGGAAUAAUUUGAGAAUCCAUGUUCUACUGGAAGUUGUGAAGACCAAAACAUAGAGCCAAUGUAGUAACAGAAGAUAUUUUGGAAGGAAGCAUUUUGAUUUGUACUUGGGACAGCUAGUAGGCCUGCCAUGGCUCCUGUGAAGAUAAGCCACAUAGUCUCAUUUUCCUCUCAGGACCCCAAGUAUCCUGUGAAGAACUUACUAAACCCCGACAGCCAGAUGGGACCAUGGCUUAGCUGUCCUCAGGACAAGAGUGGGCAACUGAAAGCAGAACUCCAGCUGGAGAGAGCAGUGCCCAUUAGCUACAUCGACGUAGGUAACUGUGGCUGCGCUUUCCUGCAGAUUGAUGUGGGCCGUUCUUCGUGGUCCCUGGACAGACCUUUUGUCACCCUGCUCCCUGCAACCAUGCUGAUGUCCCUCACUGACUCAAAGCAGGGGAAGAACCGCUCAGGGGUCCGGAUGUUUAAAGAUGAUGACUUCCUGGCUCCUGCCUCAGAGGAAUCGUGGGAUCGACUCCGUCUGAUCUGCUCACAGCCAUUCACACGUCACCAAUCCUUUGGCCUGGCCUUCCUGCGGGUGCGUUCCAAUCUGGACUCCUUAACUGAUCCUGUCACAGGUCCCUCGGCCUCAGGGAGCUCUGGGCUGAGCCAGGGCUCCUGUGAGUCUCAGGAGACUGGUCCAAGCCCCUGGCUGGCUCACCCUUCUAUCCAGAGAACAUUCUUCCCAGAUCCCCAGACGAACACUAAGGAAAUUUCAGAACUCAAGGAUAUCCUCAAGCAGCUGCAGCCAGGUGCUCUGGGGCGUUCAGCUCGUAUGGUGCUUUCAGCCGCUCGCAAAGCUCCUCCAGUCAGUAUGACAAACCCCAAGAACAGCCACACAGGACCAGGUCCCAGCCAUGCAGAGAGUGAAGAACCCAGAACAAAUGAAACAAAAGAACAAAACUCAAAGAAUGAUGUGACCAGGACGAAGAGACAGAAAGUGCAGGACCAAAGGUCUCUGUCCAGUUCAAACUCUCAACCAAGCAAGAGGAAGGUAACAAGGGCAAGGCAAAGAGAGCACCCACCCCGCACCCAAAAGAACAGUGUCCCAAGUCAUGGACAGUGCCCUAUUUGUGCAGGCUCCUUCAGCAUGAAGAUUCUUCCUCAGCACGCCGCCACAUGUGGAGAGACCUCUCUGCCUCAGCCAGCUUCUCCUUCCUCCUCACCAUCCUCGUCCCCAUCAGUACUGUGGGUAUCCUCCCCAGAGAGUUCACCACCCACUUCCUGGGUCCAGUGUCCUCUCUGCCACUUGCAGUUCUCAGCAGGAGAAGUUGAAGAACAUGCCAGCACAUGUGGGGACCUUCUCUGGGCAUGAGCUAUGUGGUCCUAGGACUUUGUUCCCCCUCUCCCCCAAGGACAAAGACUGGCCGAAGGCUAUUGAUGCCAAGCUUCUUAUUCCCUCAAGACUGCCUGGUUGCUGGCAUCUCUGCGCUCCCAAUUCCCAAUUGUCAAGACUUGGUCACCAUGGCACCCAAUUCUGAGGACAGCUCCGUCCUUUUCCCCACUUGGAACUUCUAGAGUAGGAUUGAUGAUCUGUCUAGGGACUUGAGACACCAUCCAGAACAUCUUUCCUGCGUAUUCGGAAAACUGAGGCCCAUUCAAAAGAAAAAUACUAACUGAACACUGGUUACUCAUG